AUGGGAAUGGAGACGCCACAAGAGCUGGAGCAAGCGGGCGGUAGGGAAGCGUCAGGGCACCCCGCAUUAGGCGCGGGACCGAGCGCGAACCAGUCAGGGGGAGACGCGCCGCACCCGGCGAAUGCGGAGGCGAAAGCGGAGAUGGACGCGGAUGAAGCGGCGCGGGAGAAGCAGAGGCGAAAGCAGAGCUCGACAGGGCAGGUGAUGGAAGUGCCGCCCAUGGACGAGUACUUGUGCCCCAUAUCGGGCGACGUUAUGGAGGAGCCUGUUACGAUUGCGUCGGGACACACCUUCGAUCUUAAGUCCAUUCAAAAGUUCUUCGAAGAGGGCAACAAGCACUGCCCCGUAACGCAGGAGCCCCUGGAGAACUUAGAACUCACGCGCAACGAGGACAUGGCGCGGUCCAUCGAGGAGUGGCGCGCGCGCAACACGGUGAUGCGCAUCCAGGCGGCGCGCCCGAAGCUGCAGUCCGCCAAGGAGGAGGAGGUGGAGGGCGGGCUGCUGGAGCUGUUCCAGCUGUGCGAGGAGCGCGCCACCAACCGCUACUGGGUGGCGGCGGAGGGUCUCAUUCCGAUCGUCGUGAACCUGCUCAAGUCCAGCAGCCGCAACCUCAGACGGAAAACGCUCGCGACGCUCGCGAACCUCGCGAACGGGAACGACGAGAACAAGGAGCUGAUAGUGGACGCGGGCGCCAUUCAGCUGGCAGUGCGCUCUCUGUCCCGCGACGUGGGCGAGAGCCGGCAGGGCGUGGCGCUGCUGCUGGAGCUGAGCAAGAGCCCCAAGGUGUGCGAGGAGAUCGGGCGCGCGCAGGGCUCCAUCCUGCUGCUCGUCACCAUGCUCAACAACGAGAACGCCAAUGCGGCCAAGGACGCCGCCGCCGUGCUGCAGCAGCUCGCGAGUAACGACCAGAAUGUUGUUCAGAUGGCCGAGGCGAACCAUUUCAAGCCGCUUGCGGAGCGACUCAGCACAGGUUCGGACAUGACGCGGAUUGUGAUGGCGAGCGCUCUCUCGCGCAUGUCGCUGACGGACCAGAGCAAGGCAGUGCUGGUGCAGCAGGGCGCCAUCCCGCCGCUCGUCACCAUGAUCGCCUCCGGCAAGCUCGAGGCCAAGGCCGCCGCGCUCGGCGCGCUGCAGAACCUCUCCUCGCUCGCCGCCAACCGCAACGAGCUCAUCCGCGCGGGCGUGGUGCCCCCGCUGCUCACGCUGCUCUUCUCUGUCACUUCCGUGGUGAUGAGUCUCAAGGAGGGCGCGGCGGCGAUUCUCGCGAAUAUUUCCAUGGCGGCGGGCGCGCAGGCGGAGACGAGGAUUGACGCCAACGGGGGGAUAUUGGAGUCCGAGGAGACCAUUUUCCAGCUGCUCUCGCUUAUGAACCUCGCUGGGCCCAACAUUCAGGUGAAUCUACUGAAGGCGCUGCUGGGCAUGGCGUCAGUGCCGCAGGCCAUGGAAGUGCGCAAGCGCAUGAUAGUGGGCGGAGCUGUGGAUGUGCUCAUCCCCUUCAUUGACGGCUCUGAAGGGGGCCCAGCCACGCGCCCCCUAGCAGCGCGAGUGCUGCGGGAGCUGUCAAAGGAGGCGGAGGCGGGCAAGAGCGUGGCGGACAGCCUCAUGGAGGGGCAGGGCGCGGCGCUCAAGGCAAUCAUCGCCAUGCUGCAGGACAAGGACUCCUUUGAUAACCGCGCUGCUGCUGCCUCGCUUAUCGCUGCGCUGCCUGCGAGUGACGCCAAGCUGAACCAGGCGCUCGUGCAGGCGGAUGUGGUGCAGACGCUGGUGACGAUGCUGGGCAUGAAGGGCGGUGGCGUGGGCACGAACGCGCAGCUCAAGGACGCGGCUCUGGAGGGCGCUGCUAACGCCCUCGUGCGCUUCACCCUCCCCAGCAACAUCAAGCAGCAGCAGCAGCUGGCGGAGCUAGGAGCCAUCCCACAGCUUGUAACCCUCCUGGUAACCGGCAACGCAGGAGCCAAGCGCGGAGCCGCCCUCUGCCUGGGCAACUUCUCAGAAUCCAGCCCCACGCUCUCCGUCUCAGUCAAGGCCAAGUCCGGAGGGUGCUGCUUCAAACCCCCGGAAGAGCCCAAGUGUGUGCUGCACGGGGGGACGUGCUCUGUGCGCACGUCUUUUUGUCUGUUGGAGGCGGAGGCGAUAGAUCCGCUGGUGGGCGCCAUGGGCGAGAAGGAGCCGCUGACUGCGGAGGCGGCGCUGACGGCGCUGUCGACGCUCAUGGCGGACUCGUGCCGAUGGGAGGCCAGCGUCAAGAUCAUCCAUGAGUCCGGCGGGUUUGGGCGGGUGGUGCAGCAGCUGAGCGAGGGCACGGAGAGGGCCAAGGAGAAGGGCGUGUGGAUGUUGGAGAAGCUGUUUCGCCUCGAGGAGUACAAGUUUGAGUACGCCACCAAGGCCCAGGGCGCGCUCAUUGAGAUCACACAGCAUGGCUCCAAUGAGACCAAGCCUGUUGCCGCUAAGAUCUUGAUCUCCGUUAGACGCGUAGCCGGCAAGAGUAACGGCGUGUUUGCUGUCGCGUCCGCCGCCGCAGGUGGUGGCGCAGAUGGGAGGGGCGAGACAACGGGGGAUUCGGGGGACUGCGAGGGUGACGCGGCUAGCAAGGAGCGUGCGGAAACGGGGGAUGCGCGGAGAUUUGCCGAGGGGGAUGGGGGGGAAAUUGCGGAGGAGGUCGGUGAUCGCAUGCCAGAAGACGGGGGGGAGAUGAGGGUUGGGGAAGAAGGAGCGGAUGUGACGGGGGAAUCAGGAGAGGAUAUUUCGGGCGGUCCUUUUAAUGGCGGUUUUGGAAUGCAUCUGCCAUGGGAUGCACCAUCCGGCACAGGAGACCUCUCCGCGCCCUCGCCCUUCCAGUUCCCUUCACCCUUCCCUGCUCAAGCCUCCUCAGACUUCCUGGAUCAGCUCCCUGCGCAAGACAGGGCGCUACUCUUUCCCUCCUCUCCGCCCGCUCCCUCUUCCUCCCCCUUCUCCUCCCCGUCCGCCUCCCCCUCUCCUUUCUCCUCCGGUUUCUCCUCUCCUUUCGCGUCCUACGGCCAAUCCUACUAUCAAGACGACGAUUCUGUCGAGCCUUUGCCGGACCUGGCGGCGAGGCUCGGGCUGGAUCACCCGAGCCACGAGCAGGCUCAAGUCAGGGAGCUGGAGGCAUUGCUGCAGGCAGCAGCAGUACCCGAAGGGCAGUCGUCACCCGAGUCAACACAAUCACCGUCACGACAAAUACAACAGUCGGAUUCGCAAUCAGAUCUCCCACGCUUGCCACGAGAGAGUGUGAUGAAAGCAGCAGUAGGGAUUCUCGCAGCACUAGCAGGAGCAUCAGCAGAGGGGCUACAGGCAGUGGUGCGAGGAGGAGCAGUGGAGGAAGCAGCAUCUCUUCUCUCCCUCCCACGCCUCCCCCAGUCCGUCCGGUGCGAAACCCUCCCUCUCAUCUCCGCCGCUGCUUCCCUCCCCUCCCUCCGCCCGAAACUCGCCUCCUUGAACCUCCUCCCACCGCUCCUCACCACUCUGUACGACCCAGACGCUUCCGAUCCAGAGCUAGAGCACACCCUAUCAACCCUCUGCUUGAUGGUAGAAGACCAAUCAUGCUGGCCCGCUCUUAUCGACCAUCAAGCCGUGCCCCGAAUGGCUGCGUUUCUCGCAGCGAUCGACGCCGGCAAUGGCACGGCGCCCCGGCACUCCCUGCGCCGCCUCCGCUCCUCCCUCCUCUCCCUCGCUCCGGACCCGUUCUUCCGCUCCUGCCUUCUCGAAAACGACCUGUGUCUGGUCCCGUUGGUGGGAGCCGAUGCGUACCGGUCGCUGACUAGUGAAGGGGAGACGGUGAAGAAAGAGAAGAAGGAGGAAAAGGAGAAGGAGGAGAAGGAGAAGGAGGAUGAAACGGAGAAGGUAAAGGCGGAAAGGGAGAAGAAGAAGGAGGAAAAGAAGGAGAAGGAGAAGAAAGAAAAGGAGGAGAAAGAAAAAAAAGAGGAUCUACACGCCCAUCGUGGAAGAGAAGCAGAGGAAGAGCCGGCCUGGUCGGGCAAGAGCUACACGCUCAUGUCCCGGUGGGACGGCGUGGCGCGUCUCGUUCUGCUCAUGACUCUCGAGAACGAGCAGGUGGCAGCGCGAGCGCUGGCAGCAGCAGCAGAGCUGGCGCGAGCGGGGGAGGGCAACAGGCGCGCGCUGAGAGAUGCGGGGGCCGUGGUGCACGCGGUGCGGUGGAUGGGCGCUGGGGGUGCCUCUGUCAGGGCUGCUGCUGUCGCUGCUGUUGAGAGGCUUAGCGUCAGCGCAAGUGUGCGUCUGUCUAUCAUCCGCAGUGGGGGGGUCGGUGCGCUGGUGGCGCUGCUAGCAGCACAGGGGGGCGACAGGGACGUGCGGGACAAGGUGGUGUCCGCGCUCCUUCGCAUGGUAUCAGAUGAAGAAGCAGCCGCCAAAAUG